AUGGCCGGAGCAAUGCGUUUGAUUGACCAACAGCCCGAACCACCGGAAGAUGGUACCAACAUCGAGGUCCUUGUCUUGGGCAUGCCGCGCACUGGAACCCUCUCGAUACUCGCAGCUUUCCAAGUUCUAGGGUACAAGCCGUUCCACGCCAGCAUGAUGGAGCAGUAUCCCCAUCUACUCCCACUAUAUAUGGAGGCGAUGCAGGCCAAGUUCGAACACAAGAUAGAGCCCUACGGCCGAAAGGAAUUCGACAAGUUGUUCUUGGGCAAAUGGGACGUCUCGUGUAACAUGCCAGGGUCGUUGAUGGCAGACGAGCUUAUCGCGGCUUACCCUAACGCCAAGAUCAUCCUCACCACGCGCGAUGUCGACAAAUGGCAGCAUUCUAUGAAAGAGUCAGUCGAUGCGGCUGCGAAAUGGAAGACGUUUGAUUACCUGGCAUCCUGGGAUCCGGAUCGCAUUGGACUUUGGUGGAAGUACCAUAAGUAUCAACAUUCGCUACGGCCCGUACUGGCACCCAACGGAGAAAGACAGGCAUACCUUGACCACUACAAACACAUUAACAAGAUGGUUCCCUCGGAGCGCUUGCUGAACUAUCAUGUCAGUGAGGGCUGGGAACCGCUGUGUAAGUUCCUAGGGAAAGACGUGCCCAAAGUUUCUUUCCCAAAUGUCAACAAUAAAAACUCCUUCCUUGCUGGUCGUCGUCGGCGUUGGUUCCAGCUGCUACGGAUAAUGCUAUGGGUUGUUUUCAGAAAGCUUUUAGUUCCAUUUUUGCUUGUUGUCUUAUUUUAUCUUGCAUGCGAAGCAAAGGUUCGGUCUUGGGUAUACCGACAGCUACAACUCGGUGAUUAA